AUGGCCAGGCUGCUGGGGCUGUGGUGGUCCAGUGCUGCUCGGGGCAGGAUGCUGGGGAGGCCGGUGGGGCACAGCCCUGGGCUGUGGCACCGGGUGGCUCGGCCGGUCCUGUGCCCCGCCAGGGCUGUCGGCAACAAAGCGAGGGACGCUCAGCACGUGGCUUUGCGGGCGGCUGAUCCAGGUAAAGAAGCUUUCAGAAAUGACAGAAGGCCUACAAAUUUUGAUAAAAAGGUGUUGGUAUGGGCAGGACGCUUUAAAAAGGAGGAGGACAUUCCCAAGCACAUAUCGUCUGAUGUCCUCGACGCAGCAAGGAACGUUGUCAGGAUAAAGGUUUGCUACAUCAUGAUUGCACUGACUGUGCUGGGCUGUUUGACCAUGGUCAUCACAGGCAAAGAAGCUGCAAAAAAGGAUCAGACGCUGCUGAGGGUGAACAUAGAAAAGAAGGCCAAAUGGAGGGCUGAAGCAGAGAAAGAUCAGGAGGCAGCUGUUGGGAAGCCACAAUGAUUUGGGACAGAUUUAUUU